CAAGCCUUUUUUAUACAGAGUGGUUUCUAAAAGCAGAGUUAAGUUCUUUGGCACCAACACAGGAUAUAAAAGCUUAUUGGCAAAUGAAAAGGUUUGAGGAAUGGAAUCUACUUGGCUCUCGAGCUGUUGCUAACUCUAUUCUCAGACAUACUUGGUAUCUGGAUCCAACUUUAGUAGUUUUUGCCCUAGCAAAUAAAGAAUGUAGGGAACGUGGUGAUAUGGCCAAAAAACUAUAUAGUUUACAAAGAUGUCCAAGUGAAAGUUUUCCUUUGGAACGCCAGGUAAUGGACCAAGCUAUAUUGAAUAGCCUCAACUUCAGUAAAGAUGAGCCCCCUAGUUUGACUCCACUAGUAACAGAAAAGUCGUGGCUUGUUUUUGACAUGCUUAGGCAUGGAAAAGCAGAAACUCAAUGGAUGAAGACUCCACCAGAAGUUUGGAAAUUUAAUGAUUAUUAUCUAGAAUUUAGAGCAACAGUUAAGGGACUUGAUGUUGUUAAUGACUGCUCUGAGAGGGCAGUUAAGUUAGUUCAAGACCUAAUAAACAGAGCAUAUUCUGAGGAGAAAAGGCAGGACACAUUUCUAUUUACAAAUAGUUAUAAGAAAAACAGAAAAGGCAGGAAAAAAACAGAUUACGAAAAAGCCGCAAAUAAAGACUAGUUUCAUUUUUUUGUUUAUAACAAUUUUUCAAGAAAGAAU